GCCUCCGCGGAAGCUUCGUUCGCGCCAAAUUUAAACAGGGCGCCAUUUUCAGGCUUUUAAGCCCUCAGAGGAGUCGACGUUGCGGAGGGGGAUUAUCGGGGCAGAGAAUGGCCCCCGGGUCGAAAGGUAAGGAAAGACGGCGGUGGGGGCGAAAUGGGGCUUCGAGGGAGGGAGGUUGGAUGGGAGCUGUGAGGAAAAAGCUCUUUCGCCCUAUGCAUUUUUUUAGCGGCCGCGGGGUUUCCCCCACAUUAGCUGCUGUCGGGAGUCGGCGCUGAGGAAGGCAGAACCGGCUGGGGCUCGAGAACUCUGCAUGCGAGCAGGAGAACUCUUGGCGGGAGGCGGGCGGGGUCCGCGGAACUCCCUGCGACGGGAUGGGGUCGGACCCGCACACGCAGCUCAAGCCCCGAAGGCGCGGGGAGGUUCCGAGGCCCCCUCACACGGUUAUGUGGGGCGCCUUGUAACUGAAGGAGGCUAUUCGCCCCCUUUUUAGAAAUAGUUUAAAAAAGGAAUACUAUAUGCAGAAUUCAUCAUGCGAAAGGCUGGGCUGGAUGAAUCCCAAAUCGGAAUUAAGAUUGCCGGAAGAAAUAUCAACAACCUCAGAUAGGCAGAUGACACAGCCUUGAUGGCAGAAAUUGAGGAGGAAUUAAAGAACCUUUUAAUGAGGGUGAAAGAGGAGAGCGCAAAAUAUGGGUUGAAGCUCAACAUCAACAAAACCCGAAGAUCAUGGCCCAUCACCUCCUGGCAAACAGAAGUGGAAGAAAGGGAGGCAGUGAGAGAUUUUACUUUCUUGGGCUCCAUGAUCACUGCAGAUGGUGACAGCAGUCACGAAAUUAAAAGACGCCUGCUUCUUGGGAGAAAAGCAAUGACAAACCUAGACAGCAUCUUAAAAAGCAGAGACAUCACCUGGCCGACAAAGGUCCGUAUAGUUAAAGCUAUGGUUUUCCCAGUAGUGAUGUAUGGAAGUGAGAGCUGGACCAUAAAGAAGGCUGAUCGCCGAAGAAUGGAUGCUUUUGAAUUCUGGUGCUGGAGGAGACUCUUGAGAGUCCUAUGGACUGCAAGAAGAUCAAACCGAUCCAUUCUGAAGGAAAUCAGCCCUGAGUGCUCACUGGAAGGACAGAUCCUGAAGCUGAGGCUCCAAUACUUGGCCACCUCAUGAGAAGAGAAGACUCCCUGGAAAAGACCCUGAUGUUGGGAAAGAUGGAGGGCACAAGAAGGAGGAGACGACAGAGGACAAGGUGGUUGGACAGUGUUCUUGAAGCUACCAGCAUGAGUUUGACCAAACUGCGGGAGGCAGUGGAAGACAGGAGUGCCUGGCGUGCUCUAGUCCAUGGGGUCACGAAGAGUCGGACACGACUAAACGACUAAACAACAAUGCCCUUUCCUAAGUUGCUUAUUGGGAUCUUCACUUUGGCAAGGUAGUGCUGAAGGGAUGGCUCAGUUGGUAGAGCGUGAGGCUCUUCAUCUUGGGGUUGUGGGGUUUGAGCCCCACUUUGGUGGGGGGGGAAGGUUCCUACAUGGCAGGGGGUUUGGACUAGAUGACCCUCAUGGUCCCUUUCCAACUCUUAAGUUAUCUAAGGAUAAGCCCCACCUAACUCUGCAGGAUCUGUUUCUGCUUAAGACGGGGGGGGGGGGCGGUCAGCAAACUUUUUCUUUUUAUAUAUAUAUAAAUUUUUAUUAGUUUUUUAACAUAUCAUUUUCAACGCUAAUUAAACAUACUUUUACAUCUUAUACAGUUUUUUUGACUUGCAUCAAUCACAUCUGAAAAUUUUCCAAUCUAUUCACUUAAUAUACAUUUCUUACUUUCACUAUUACAUUUAAAUCUCAUGACUAAUAUCUCUAUUCUUUCUCUACUUUGCAAUCUUUCAUAUAUUUCUCCUUACAAAACUUCUUGUAGUCCUACUAGCGUAAUUUGUUGAUUACAGUUGCUCUUCAAAUAAUUCGUAUAUUUCUUCCAAUCUUCUGUGAAUCUCUGGUCCUGCAGGUUUCGAAUCCUUCCUGUCAUUUUAUCUAAUUCUGCAUAGUCCAUUAAUUUUGUCUGCCAUUCUUCUUUCGUCGGAAUUUCUUCUUGCUUCCAUUUCUGGGCUAACAAUACUCUUGCCGCUGUUGUUGCAUAUAAAAACAAUUUAACAUAUUGUCUAUUAAUAUCCUCACCUAUAAUGCCAAGUAAAAAUGCUUCUGGUUUUUUUUAAAAAAUGUAUAUUUCAACAUCUUUUUCAUCUCAUAUAUCAUUUCCCAGAAGUUUUUUACUUUCUUACAUUCCCACCACAUAUGAUAAAAUGUUCCUUCUUUUUCUUUGGGUCAGCAAACUUUUUCAGCAGGGGGCCGGUCCACUGUCCCUCAGACCUUGUGGGGGGCCGGACUAUAUUUUGGAGAGAAAAAAAUGAAUGAAUUCCUAUGCCCCACAAAUAACCCAGAGAUGCAUUUUAAAUAAAAGCACACAUUACCGGACUGAUUGCAGGCUGGAUUUAGAAGGCAUUUGGGCCGGAUUCAGCCCCCGUGCCUUAGUUUGCCUACCCAUGGCUUGAGACGUGAAUCGGAUGGCGCAGUUGGCAAAGAGCAUUUUCAUGAAAAAGCGAUAAGUUAAAAAAAUAAAUAAAUCGUGGUUUCAGAGAUUGGAUGGACACCUGGUUGCGAUUCCCGCAUCCUCUUUCCAGUUCUAUGGUUAGGGAACAGAUACAGGGGUUCACAUGCAAACACCUCAAGUAAAUUGAUCAAUAUGAAUGUGCAUGCAAUAAGUAAUGCGUGUCCACUUAGGACAAAAAGGGGGGGAUUAUUCUAAGCCCACUUUCUGGGGAGUUUACACCUCUGGGGUGUUCACAUUACACACCUUCCAGGUGUACCAGAGUAUGGGUACCAGACCUUUGGCAAUACAAGGUGUUUGCAUUAUGUGUGACAUCAUAGCUAGCAGCUGUCUGUCAUUGCUUCAGUUUUUUUGUUUUGUCACCCCAUUUUCUGUAGCUUAUUUUGUAGACACUCCAUAGAAAUGUGAAUAAUUGGCAGUAGAUAGAUGUCUUACAUACAGUUUUUAAAUUAUCACGUUCUCACUUUCGUUUUUUAGGUGACACAGCGUUAGCAGCCUCCAGGUAAGAAUCCAUUAAUUAUUGUGUGUAAGAAUUAAACAUCAGAUUGGGCAACUUCAUUGUGUGAUCAAGAGAUUUACAAUUUGAUCCUAAUUUACAAUCCUGGCUGUUCCAAAAUAAAUAUUAUUUUUUAAAAGGCAUGGACGACUGUCAACCUGCAACAAAAUCAGAUGAACUGAUGGUGCAGGUUAAAACAAUAACAUUUCCACAGCAGUUGCAUAACGUAAGAUAAAUAUGUUUAUCUAGUUGUGUCUGCAUAUUGUGUCAUAAGAACGAGACAAAAAUAAAAUGACUUUACAAACAUGUUACAGCUGGUUACUAGUAUACUAAUGUAGCUGUUGUUUUGUUUUAGUGCUGAAGGUGAUGCUAUCAAGGUUUUCGUGAGGGUGCGCCCUCUAGAAGAAGGAACUGUGCUUGCUGACAAUGGCUUGUGCUUAUCUGUUCUUUCAUCAAACACUAUUCGCCUGAAUUCAAAGCCUGAACCUAAGAUUUUUACCUUUGAUCAUGUGGCAGAUGUGGACACAACCCAGGUAAUUCAACAGAUAAGUUAGUUCCUAAAAGGUUAACUAAUUUUUUAAAAAAGAAAGAAAAGAGACUUCUUUGGCCAUGUUCUCAUUUGUAAUAGAAAAUAGUUUGCAUUGAGCCAUCUACAUUAGCAUUAAAUUUUUCAACUGAAAUUGCAGAUAGGUGCUUUCAUUUAAGGGGCUUGUAUAACACAGGUUAUUAAAAUUGUUACCCACCUACCUUAGGCUGCAAUCCUAUACACACUUAUUGAGGGGUAAGUUCUGCCUCCCCACUUCUAGCUACUCUCUGGAGAAGAGACCCUUUUUAGAAUAUUACGGGGGUGGGCUGGGGAAGGACUAGACCGGGGUCAGCAAACCUUUUCAUCAGGGAGCCAGUCCACUGUUCCUCAGACCUUGUGGGAGGCCGGACUAUAUUUUGAAAAAUAUAAAUACCAUGCAAGCUGUUCCCGCAGCUGCCUCAGGACCUGGAGUCGGAACGCACUCUGCACACACUCAGGAGCAUGUCUCAGCGCUGCCCGCUCACCGGCGUUGUUGACGAGCAGCAGCCGCUCCAUUGGCCCAUCCCCGCAGAGCUCCCAGGCAGUGUGCACCAUGCCCUGCGGCCCAUCGUGCAAGGCCAGGUUUGCCGACCCCUGGACUAGACCAUGAGAAAGAUGAACAUAAUAUUUUGGCUGCCGUUCAUUCAUUUUCAGCUUUCUGUUCUUGUUAUAAAAAAGCGUGCCUAGACAUUCUGUUGUUGCACCCAUAACCUAUGGUUUAAGGUGCCAUUUAGCGCCUAGCUUUCAUUUUCUAACACUGCUUUAAAGUGCCUGAAAUAGCUAAGAAUUAUACAUAGAUAAUAUAUAGCCCCUUUAUGUGAGCUUGCAAUCUAAGAAUGUUGAGAAGAAAAGGGGAAAGGGAAGAAGAUGAAAGUAAGGAAACAGAAUUGCUAGCUGACUGGUGUGUGCUAAGAUUUAUGAUACAUUAACAAUUUCUGUUUUAGUAAUAGCCAUAUUCAUUAGAUAUAUUCUCAUAAUGGUUCCAACCUAUUACUUGGAAGUGAGUCUCAUUGAUUUCAUUAUUUCGUGCAUAAUAAUGGUUCUUUAGUAUCAGUGGAAUUGCUCGUGUUUAAUGAAAAGUAUUCCUUAAUGUCAGGGUAUGUGUAUUGUUUAAUGAAUAGUGCACAGUGUGUGGUUAUAUGUUUGUGAAUACUAUUAAGUCAAGCUGUUUUUAUCAUUAUAACAUAUUAAAACUAUUUUUUAAAAUCUUUUCUGCCUAGGAAUCAGUGUUCUCAAGUGUGGCCAAAAAGAUAGUAGAAUCAUGCAUGAAUGGCUACAAUGGAACCAUUUUUGCAUAGUAAGCUUUUAACCUUUUUAUUUCAUGCAAAUAGUAAAAUAUCUGAUUUGAAUUAUAUGAACUGCUCUGUUUGAGAAAUACAUUACCUGGUCAGACCAUUCUAAGGACUGUAAAUUUUAAAGCAUGAAUUCAUCUAGUCCAUUCAUCCAUGUGUGGCAUUAGCUUUCCAGUGUCUGGAGCCCAGCAUCUUCCACAUCGCCUGCUACUCAAUCCUGUUUAACUUGAGAUGCCAGGAGUUGAACCUGGAAAUCUCUGCAUGCAACACAUGUGCUCUGCCACAGUCUGGUCUCUCUACAUUUAACCCUCUUAGUGGUACAGAAUUAACCCUAGCAAAUAUAUAUAUAUGACUAAAUGAGUAAGUUCUGAUUACUGAGAUAUAAUUAUACGUGCGUGCUGCUUCUUUUUCUCUUUAGUGGCCAAACUGGUUCAGGGAAAACCUUUACGAUGAUGGGUAAGUACAACACAUACCGAUUUGUGUUCACAGUUGUUUAUCUCAUUUUAGAUCGCAGUGUGGGAUCCUCUUUCCCCACCGCUUUGCAUUGUGUAAUAUUAACUUCUAACGCAGUAUUUCCCAAAUCUAGGGCUAGUUUCAUAUUAGGAUAUCAUUAACUUUGCCAUAGUCUGAUCUAACAACAUAGAUCAAGGAACUGCAGUGUUCCUGACUCUAAGAGAUAGCCAAAGCCUUCAUCAAAGGGACAGGUGAAAAAGAUACUUGGAAGAGUCUUGGAAGGGAUUAGAGUUGACUAAUCAGGCAUCAGCAUCUUGAGGGGGGGAAUAUUGUGCAGUGGUACCUUGGUUCUCAGACACCUUGGAACCCAAACAUUGCAAACCUGGCAGUAAGUGUUGCGGCUUGUGAACUUCUUUCAGAAGCCAAACGUGCUCCGUUGAGUUUUACACUGAGGUCUGUCUGUUUUUGCUAUUUAUUUUGCAUUUUUGCGGCUCUUUUUUUGUGACUGUGGAACCCAAUUCAGCUACUUACUGAUUGAUUGUGUGACUGCAGAACAUUGUUUAUUGCUUUCAUUUUAUGGAUCAAUGGUCUCAUUAGAUAAUAAAAUUUAUGUUAAAUUGCUGUUUUAAGGGUUGUUUUUAAAAGUCUGGAAUGGAUUAAUCCAUUUUGCAUUACUUUUUAUGGGAAAGCGUACCUUGGUUUUGGAACGGAGUUCUGGAACUGAUUAAGUUUGAGAACCAAGGUACCACUGUAUCACUUAACCAGGCUUCCUCAAACUUGGCCCUCCAGAUGUUUUUGAGACUACAGAUCCCAUCAUCCCUGAUCACUGGUCUUGCUGGCUAGGGAUCAUGGGAGUUGUAGGCCAAAAACAUCUGGAGGGCCAAGUUUGACGAAGCCUGCUCUUAACCAUGGCCUUUAUCUAUUCAGUAAGGCUUCCUUCCUAUUUCAGAAACAUUGUAUGCUACUAAUACUAAUAAUGUAAACCACCUUAUUUCUGCUAGAUAUUUUUAGAUUUCUAUCCAAGCAAUUCUUUCUUUCUUUCUUUUUUCAAGGUCCUCCCGACUCUGAUAACUUUACUCAUAAUCUGAGAGGAGUAAUACCACGGAGUUUUGAAUAUCUGUUUUUUCUAAUUGAACGUGAAAAAGAAAAGGUAAAUCCUUUUCUUAAUGAAGAUUGUGCUGAAAGUCCUUGAGGGUUCGUUUUAAUUAGUAGCAAUGGCAUCCAGCUCUUGGGUGCCCUUCAUUCAUUUGGAAGAAAUAACUUGCAUGUUUAGAAUGAUUGUAUAGCUUGGGAUCACACUAUUUCAUACAGGCAAGCAGCUAUGCUAGCUUGCUACUUACGCAUGUUGAGUAGCAAUUGGCUUCCAAUGUGCAAGUGAAAUGGUAGACUUCAUUUCUACCCUAGUUGACCCUCCCAGCCAUCUGUCCAAUUUCAAGCGUAAAUUUAUCUGUUUCAGAAUACUGUGUUGUGCCUUAUCGCCUGUGCUCACUGUUCUCUUCCAACCAGAGUUAAUUGCUAGGGCUGAGCUGCUACAAUAUUGCACUGAUUAAGCUCUGUUGGCCCUUAAAGGCAAAAAGGAUACAGAGCUGCAUGAGUAGUAAAUGUAGUACAGUGCUACUCUUUCCAGGCUGCAAAUAGAAGAGCUGGACAAUCCAUUCAGUUUGCCCCAGCUUUUAAUAGCUGAAAUGGGUUCAGUGGGUAACAGCAGAAGGACAGCUGGUUAUGAACAGGACCAAAGGUGGUGUGAUGGGGCAGGGAAGUAGGUGGGUAAACUGUUUCUUGAAGGGCUUGAAGUUCGUACGAUAAAGGCUCCAAAUAUGUAAAGUGAAAGUAGGAGUUGGGUGGUAAAAUAUGUCUUUUUGUAAACUGUAAGAGAUCAAUAAAGGCAUGCCUUCAUAGUUGCUGUGAAAACCUUGUAAUGACGUUAGAGGCCAGAUAAAAUUAAAACAGCAUUUUCUGUAACACAAAUGUUAAUGUUUCUUAUAGGCUGGUACAGAAAAGAGUUUUCUCUGCAAGUGUUCGUUUAUUGAAAUCUACAAUGAGCAGCUAUUUGACUUGCUGGAUUCUGCCUCAGCUGGACUCUUCCUCAGAGAGCACAUCACAAAAGGAGUAUUUGUUGUUGGUGCAGUGGAGCAAGUGUUGACUUCAGCUGCUGAAGCAUAUAAAGUAUGCUGUUUUGAUAAGUAGAGGUAGACAUCCUUGCAUGUUGUAAUAGAGGCAGCACUCAUUGAAGUAGCAGAAUUAUGAUUUGAAAAGCUUAACUAAAAGAAAUAACUUGGGCUUCUUAUGCUUGUUUUGUACCUUUUGCCCUUCAGCUCCCUUAUGUUGGGCUAUUUAUGUUCUGCAAUAAACACUCAUUCCUGCAGCUCAGCUUCCAGUGCCCGGGAUGCAGAAGGCAUGUGCAAUGCAUUAAGUGUGCAUGAGAACUUUUCACGCUCGCCUUUCCAGCAGCAGAAACACUCUUGCACCAAAAUCCACUCCACAAACUGGGCCUAUCUGGAACAGUAUUUCACAAGGUGUGAAAGACUGUCUCUGGAAGGGGAAAUCAGCCUGGCUCAUGUGUACAUCAAUAUACGCAUAGGUACAUCAAAAGUACAAGUAUAAGAUUUUUUUAAAAAUAGGAUGGGAGACUUGGGAAGCCAUGUUAUAAAUUCCUUUUGAACGGGGAUGUGUAAAACAUGCAUCAUUGCCUAGAAGUAAGAUGUUAAUUUAACACUUCUUGCAGAUUAGGAUUAGAAAUAGAGGGGAUCUUUCGUUAACACAUUUAAGAUUAGCACUACAAUCCCAGUUGUGACUCCAAAAUAGCUUAAGAUAAAGUUGUUGAGCCUGUUCCAUAAUAUAUUGUAAAUGCUACUCGUAUCUUAUUCUGACUAGGUGUUAACAACGGGCUGGAGAAAUCGUCGCGUAGCGUCUACCUCAAUGAACAGAGAGUCCUCAAGGUCUCAUGCUGUUUUUACUAUCACGGUCGAAUCAAUGGAGAAAACCAAUGACGUUAUGAAUAUUCGAUCAUCUCUGCUGAAUUUGGUAGAUUUGGCUGGAUCAGAGAGACAAAAAGAUACUCACACAGAGGGAGUUAGGUUAAAGGUUAGUGGCGAAACAGUGCAUUCUUGGUCAGUGGCAGUGGCGUAGUGUGGGUUGUCAGCACCCGGGGCAAGGCAAGUAAUUUGCGCCCCCUAACCCGUGGAUUUAAGUAGGGGCAGAGAGCUGCGAGCGCGCCCCCCCCCAUGUUGCGCCCGGUGCAGCCAGCCCCCCCUGCACCCCCCACGCUACGCCACUGGUCAGUGGGAAAUGGAGCAUGCAGAAAAGGGUUAACUCCUCCUGGAGACAGAGUCCAUGCGCUUGUAUAAUGCAUGCUCCACUACCCGCUGACCAGAAGCACACUUCACAGUAACACCAACUUGUUGAUUUCUUUUCCACUAAAAACAAAGGCAUUCACUUUUAUUUUCUUGUUUGUUCUAGGAAGCAGGGAACAUAAACCGUUCAUUAAGUUGUCUGGGCCAAGUGAUUACUGCACUUGUUGAUGUGGGCAAUGGAAAACAGAGGCACAUCUGUUACAGGGACUCCAGGCUCACUUUUCUGCUACGGGUAAUGUGUACCAUUAAUUUUUAGGACAUUGGUUUUCAAAAGACAAAAUGCUUUUGACUUUUAUAUUAUUCAGAUGUCUUACUUGCGGUAUGUUGUCCUGGAAAAUCAAUGAUUACUACAAUCUGUUGCCGUUGGCCACAUAAUGCUAAGCCACAAAGUUUUGCUUUUUAAGCUAUUCUGUACACAAGCUGCAUGUAGAUUUACACAGCCGAAGAGUGUUUCCCUCGCUCCUCCUUCAUGCAAGCUAGUAAACAAAUCGCAAACAGGCUACUUUAGUGUUAUGUCUGAAUCUGGGGUCAUGGAUUGUUUGAUCAUAAUAAAUCACGUGAUAAUCCAACAACAAGCUUUUGUCUAAAGCGGGCUAGCAAUUGUGGUUUGUUAUGGAGAAACAAGCCAUGAUUCCAGGUUUGGAUAUACUGCUAAACUAGCCCCUUUGUGGUUUCUUUACCUGCUUACGUAAGUAUUCAGGCUGCUUGCACUAACAUGCAGUAUCAUCAUAAACCAAACAUAGUGGCAAUACAUAUGUAUGUGGUGAUAUUAAUCUUGCUUUAGAGCAUCCUGUCACACUGUUCUAUUGAAAGUGCCCCAUCAGAAUGUUAAGUCCUGAAGCAACACAGUCGCCUAAAACAGCGGUCUUACGAGGAGGGCGUUAUCCUCCCCAAAACAAGGGUUAGUAGAAGAGGAAAUAGUUUGUGUUUCUAUAAACACUAGAAUUAGUUAAACUAUGUGCUUUUAAAAGUGCUGUAUCUCAAAGUAAUUUUCAUGUCUUCAAACAGGAUUCACUUGGAGGUAAUGCCAAAACUUGCAUCAUAGCAAACAUUAAUCCAGGUUCCAGAUGUUUUGGUGAAACCUUGUCCACCCUUAAUUUUGCUCAGAGAGCCAAACUGAUAAAAAACAAGGUAUUUAAUUGGGACAGAAUAUUACAUUGGCUAUUCAGUCACCUUAUUUUUCUUCACAAAUGUACAUAGUUGUAAGCAAUUUCUUUGUCUGAAAGGGUUCUUUGGCAGAAAAAAGGUUUGCUAAAUCAAAAUAAAUAUUGUGAGUAUUUCUCAUCUAUUUCAACUCUUACAAUACUGUGUUCUUGCUAAGUCUUAACAUUCCAGUCGUGAAAGUGGAUAGACCAACAGGGAGAGGGAGAGACUGCAGUUGCAGACAUUUAACAAAUACCUUGUCUCCUUCAAAUUACUGAAAAUUCUAUCAUUUGCUGUAUUAGGAAAUGGGUUGCAUUCCUUUCUAGAAUGCGUGAGGUAUGUUUCACAUUUUUUAGCUGUGUGUGCAACAUACAAUUCAAUGAUAAUUACAUGAGAUAAAAGUAACUUCUAUUCACUUUGGACUUUUAAAACAGUAUCAGACAUUGUGGAACUUGUGUAAAAAUGAAGAAACUGUCUGAAGUUCCCUUCUCGCAGUUCUCACAACCAAGACACACAAGCUUUCUGGCCUAGAACAACUCUCUGUGCUAAACCUUUACAGUGUGCAUCUAUUAAGAACUCCCAAGCUAGAAGAAUCAAAACUGAUAGGCAGAGCUAUGUGCAUCUUAUGCAAACACGAUUCACAAAUUUAUAAAUGUGCAUAUGUGUACUAUUGCUUCUGCCAACAUCAACUUUCAAAGCCUUCCUGGGUUGCAAAGGGAAAUAGGGCCAUAAGUUAAGGGGGUGACGGUAGUGUUGGGUUUUUGAAUACGUGCAGCGUCACACAGAGUCAAUUAAGAGUUGGCCGACAGCCAAGGCCAAGUAAAGGAGUAAAAUCUGCCUGGAGAUAUAGAGGCCUGGAAACAGCUCUACCAUUGGUCAAGGUCUCUCACAGGCAUAAUGAUUUAUGGCCUACUGACUGGAAUGUGUUAGUUGGGAGUUAGGUGUUAGUGUUGUCUACGAGUCGUGUGGUGAGAGAGCUAGUUAAAGAUCCGUGUUCUGUUCUGUUCCUGUAAAUAGUAACUUGAAGCCCACUGUAUAUAAUAAACACCUAUAAGUAACAAGUUACUGGUUCCUUCUUCGUCCAUCCUGCCUGCAACCGAUUGCUUUCGUGAACCCUGCGUAUACUCUGCUAAGGUCUGGCUAAACUCCUGCAACAGGUCAGAAAGUUGCAAAACACCAACAGGUAGCGAGAAAUGGGGGGGGGGAGUCAGUAGUAUUAGUCAUGAGUAGGGGCAGCAUGUAGGAAAACAGAAAAAGACUCCCUAAACUCGUUUCUGUGCCUUCACAAAGCAAACCUAUACAUUUUUCACUCCUCACGUGAAGCCUUGUGUUAAGAACAUGCUUUUCUAAAAGAAAAGAGAGCUGAGAUCAGGGGAAGGCUAAAUUCUACACCUGCUUUUGUAAAUGCAUAGAAUAUAUGCUGCCAUGCUAGUAUCAUAUAGUCUUCUUUUUCAAUAUUAUUUUCUUUUUAACCUAUGAUGUUUGAAAGUGAGAACAACGCAUUCUAGUUGGCUUUGUCAGUAGGAUUUGAAUUAUCCGAUCAUCAGGCGUGUGUGUUUCAAUAUUUUAUAUUUUCUAUUUAAGGCUGUGAUAAAUGAAGACACCCAAGGAAACGUGAAGCAGUUGCAGUCUGAAGUGAAGAAACUGAAAGAGCAGCUUGCUCUGCUUAAUUCAGGGCAGUCUCUGCAAGAUGCUUCUCUACCUACAGGUAAAGCCUAUCCCCUUUCCUCCCUUAAAACUGGUGUUUCAGGAUGAUUUGUUUAAGCACUCCAUUUGUUUUCCAUUUUAAAAAACCCCUCAAUGGUUUUUUUUUAAAAAAAACAUGACUUUUGUACAGGAUCAAACUUAAUUCAUGCCCCCAAUAUAUCGCAGAAGCAGAAUGUCGUAAUAGAAGACUGGUUCUCUGUAUGCCAAAAUGGCACCUUCCACAAACACAAGAGCGGAGGUAUCAGCAAGCUUCAGAGAACCAAAGUUUGCAGAACUACAAAUAAAUCUUUAGUGGGGGAAACCAAAACAGUCCGUUGAGGACUGAGUGUAUUUAUAUUCUUACCAAACCUUUCUUCCAAAUUGCUGAGGGUGGUUUUCAAAGUCUCUCUCUUCCUGAGCUCCCAUAUUAUCCUCAUAAUAACCCCAUGAGGCAAGUAACCCAGUCACCCAGUGAGCAUCAUGAAUAAGUGAACCUGGAUCUGUGCUCAGUAGACACAGAAUUCUGGCUGGUGUUGGAGGAAGAGGGGGAAAUGAGGUGGAUAGAAUGGUGUGCUAGAAGAGAAUAUGACUAGUUGACUAGAAUUCUGAACAGAAACAUUCAAUACCACAACAUGUUAUUGCAAGUCCCAUUUUCAGAUCACGAUUUGGUAGAAUCCUUUAAUAGCUAACCUUUUAUUUUCACUAUGGUUAUUAACACAGAAUUAAACUGUAGAUGUCUAUCACUACAGCUCAGACAAUGCAGAAGCUUACAGUGAAAUCCUCUGUAUAUUUGCUAGGGAGUAACAGUCUGAUCGGGACGUGGGUGGCGCUUUGGGGUAAACCACAGAGCCUAGGACUUGCCGAUCAGAAGGUCGGCGGUUCGAAUCCCCGCAACGGGGUGAGCUCCUGUUGCUUGGUCCCUGCUCCUGCCAACCUAGCAGUUGGAAAGCACGUCAAAGUGCAAGUAGAUAAAUAGCUACCUCUCCGGUGGCAAGGUAAACGCCGUUUCUGUGCGCUGCUCUGGUUCGCCAGAAGCGGCUUAGUCAUGCUGGCCACAUGACCCGGAAGCUGUACGCCGGCUUCCUCAGCCAAUAAAGCGAGAUGAGCGCCGCAACCCCAGAGUUGUCCACAACUGGACCUAAUGGUCAGGGGUUACUUUACCUUUAAUGUGUGUAAACUGUAGAUAUCUAUCACUACAGCUCAGAUAAUGCAGGAGCUUACGGUGAAAUCCUCUGCAUAUUUGCUAGGGAGUAACAGUCUGAUCUGUGCAUGUCACCUUGAAAGUUAGUCUGGAUCCAAAUCUUUGGGACUAAAUUACAUUCGCAAUUCCCAUUCAUUUCUGUAGUUAAUAAGUAACGAACAUAGGCCGCAAUUCUCCACCUGGAAGUAAGGCCUAUUGAAUUCAGUGGCAUGUACCACAAGGUAGACAUGGUUGGAAUUAUAACCAUGAUAUUGAACCAAGCAACAAUGUUUGUGAAACUUAUCCUCAACUAAAUGUGGGUAUGAUUGUUGCUUUAAUGGCCAAUUCUGUGCAAACGCAAGGAUCCCAAAUUCUGCACAGAAUCAAACUGAAUCCUUUGGAACUGACUUCUUAGUAAACACAUUUAGCAUUCUUUUGUAUUUCAGUUAUGCUUAACUGAAAUGUUCAACAAGCUUUUGUAUUUAAACAUUUUUAAAAAAUAUAAAAAACCCAAACCUUUUUAUCCUGAAUCUCUUUUAAAUGCAGUUUUAGAUAAGAAAGUUUAGCCAUAAUCAUAAAAUGAUAAUGUCUACUUCAGCUAUAACAUAUUAAAAACCAGUGCUAAAUAUCUCAGUUGACACACAAAAUAGACAAAUAAAUCUAGGGAAGUGUUAACCUAAUGUAUUUUGUUCUACAUUCUCUCUAAGCUACCCUCACACGUGAUGUAGGAAAUGCAGAUUAUCUGAACCAUUUUCUUGAAGCAAUGCUGUUAUUGGAAAAAGGUGAAAGUGAAAGAAAGGUAAGAAUAGGAAUACUAUGGUACGUGUUAGGAAAGGUCCAAUUAACAAAAAUAUCUUUGCCCUGGAACAAUAAUUUAUCCCUUUCUUAAAAGCAGAACUAAUUUAUUUAUAUGGCUCCACACAUACACCCCAAAUCAGUUAAACACAAAUGUUGAGAGUGUGUGAAUAGCAUAUUAACAUAAGUUUGUGCCUUCAUUUAAUGAUUUCUGUUGAUCACAUCCAAGAGAGGGUUGGACAAGUAUACUUUUCAUUAUGUAUGUGUCAUGAUGCUAUUGCUUCCUGCUUAAUCGGCUGCCUUUAUUUUCAAGAUGCUGUUAGAAAAAGUUGCCCAACUAGAAGAUCUCUGUGUCAAAAAGGAGAAGUUCAUUCAGUCCAAUAAAAUGAUAGUUAAAUUCAGAGAGGAUCAUAUAACUCGCCUGGAAAAACUACAUAAAGAGGCUCAUGGCAGCUUUUUGCCCAGUGAACAAGAGAAGCUCUUUGGGGAACUGAAGGAGGAGCUGAAGAUUCUCAGAGAACAGGUAGCUGUAUUUUUGUUUAAUGUGUUACCCGGAUCAGGCCAAACAUCUGUCUACUCCGGCAUUCUCUGGCAAGCCAGAUGCCCCCAGAAAGCACAUUAAUUGAGCAACAGUCCUCUUCUGUUCUUGUCUUCCUACAUCUGUUAUUGAGAAGUGUACUUCUCUAAACAUGGAGGUUAGCUGUUGUGGUUAGUAGCCCUUAAAACUUCUACACACAAAUUGUAAGUAGGUUUUUUGGCCAAUGUACACAGCUGAACCAAAAAGAGACACACUUUUACGCUAUUCCUGGUAUUAAACUCGGAUGAAAAACUUUUAAGCUGAUUUCAGCACUCUUCCGUAACUCAUGGAUCUUAAUUGAUUUUGAAGGUUUUGCAUUUCUUUUUGUGGUUGUUGAGUUGAUUUUAUAAUUUGUAAUCUAUAUAAUUCUGAAAGCACUUAUUGAAAAUCAGCUUCUGUUUUUAUUAACAUAUGUAUUGACUUCAGCUGGAUGCAGCAAACAAUUUCAUCCAAGCUAAUCUGAACUACUUAACCAAGUAUGUUCCAAAGCAGAAUGUUCCAAAGAAGGAUGUACUUGUGCAUUUUAUAUUUGACUUCCUUUAGUAAUGUUUUCUUUUGAAAUGUUUCAAGACUGUUUUGUUUUGUUAACUUUGCUGCAUUCAAUAUGCAUUCUGUAGUUGGCCUCCUUUGUGAUGUUUUCUUUUGAAAUCCUUAAAGACAAUAUUUAAGGAUUGUUACAUAUAUUGUUUUGGAUAUACACUUUCUACAGGAUGAGUCUUUAAAAAGAGGCCCCAUGGAACAUGUGUACUCUGUAUCCACGGGGCCUCUUUUAAAGGACUCACCUUGUAUUUGACUUUCUUCUGUAAUAUUUUGUUGUCAAUUGUUUUGUUUGAUGCUUUAAUGUGGGUUGUAAACUCCUUUGAGAUCCUUUUUCUUUUACAUAUAAAGUGGUAUAGAAAUGAAAUUAAUAAUUAUAAUAGGAUCAAAUAGGACACAAGCCUUUCAGAAAUGUCAUGUGGGCCAUAGUGUAAAAAUGUGCAAGGAAAAGCAUCACUAUUUAAAGCAGAUAUGUGUAAAUACAGUGGAACCUUGGUUUUCAAGCGUCUCAGAAGCUGAACGUUUCAGAACCCGAACACCAAAAACCCAGAUGUAAUUGCUUCCAUUUUCAAACACGCCUCGGAAGUCCAACGGCUUCCAAGGCGCAUUUCUCUAUUUUUUCAAUUGAAUUCUCCGACCACCCACUGUGCCUUGGUUGUUGAACAUUUCAGAAGUCGAGCCAUCUUCCGGAACAGAUUACAUUCAACAACCGAGGUUCCACUGUAUUUAGUUUUGAUGUUCGUUCCCUUUUGUGUGCUAGGAAACUUUUUAAAGAGAGCCUAAUAAAAGUAAUCAGGAUUUUUAAAAAUUAAAAUUUCCUGUACUAAUAUAGCAACACACCUGUUUGGGUUUUGAGGAUUGUUUAUAUCAUGAAUUAACAGAAUAUGUGUUAUGUACAGGUGGAACAGCAUCCACGUGUUGCAAAAUAUGCUAUGGAGAACCAUGCCCUUCGAGAGGAGAACAAACGACUUCGCUCCCUGCAGUCAAUGAAAAGUGCCCAGGAUAUUGAUGCUCAGGCAAUGGCAGAGUUGGAAAAAAUAUUUUUAGAAGCUUCAGGUAGAGAAAGCAAUAAAAGAGGUAUGAAAAAGUUGAAAUACAUUUUUCAUAUAUGAAGUUAUAUUUUUUUUAAAGGUUCUCUACUCUGAUCUCAUAGUUAAAGCAAUCCUGUUUUAACAUUUUUCUCCUCCAAAGCAGUGCCCAAUAAAUUCACUGGCUUUUUGUUUUCAGGUUUGAUGGAUUUUAUGUCCGUUCCUUUGGAGGACGUUACUAGGCUGAAUGAGUCAUAUACUGAUAAACAUUGUGAUUAGUAACUCUGGCGGCAGUUCUUGUCAAGACAGACUGCUUCAAAUGAACAUACUGCAGUCGGGCUGAUCUCCCUCUGCAAUGCUUUCUGCAUAUUUUAAAAGGCAAUUGUCUGCCUGGCAUCAUGUUGAAGAUCUUGUGAAUUAAUAGGAGCUAGUUGCUGAUAGAAUAAAAUUUUAUGCAUACAGUGAAGGAAAGUUAGAAACGGCUGCCUGAAAUAUAGAACUGUAGAGUUGGAAGGGACCCUGAGGAUCAUCUAGUCCAACCCCCUGCACUGCAGGAAUAGGAAGCUGUCCCAAUACAGGGAUCGAACCUGCAACCUUGGUGUUACUAGCACCAUGCUCUGACCAGCUGAGCUAUGCAGUUGCAUAACCCGGUGUCUGGCAUAAUAUGGCCUAGAACAGGCAUAGGCAAACUCGGCCCUCCAGAUGUUUUGGAACUACAACUCCCAUCAUCCCUGACCACUGGUCCUGUUAGCUAGGGGUGAUGGGAGUUGUAUUCCCAAAACAUCUGGAGGGCCGAGUUUGCCUAUGCCUGGCCUAGAACACGGCUGCACAGAUGAACUCUGCACUAUUAACUCCAUCAUGGGAAAUAUUUCCUUUGGAGAUGGAAUGUCAUCACAGCUCCUUGCAGGAACAAAACUGAUUCAUUUGAACUUCCUACUAUGAAAAAGCAUUACUUAAAAUAUAAAUAUCCUAAGUUUUUAUUUCAUAAAAGUAUUACAAGGUUUCAAAGAAAUAAUAGUAAUUUUAUUAUUUAUACCCCAUCCAUCUAUCUGAAGGGAGUGUCUGUACAGGUGUGGGCAUAGCCCACCUUACAGUGCCAUGUGGUACAACCUGGGCAUACUUACCGGCUGUUUCUGAGAACUAGGCUCAAGGCUAUCGUAUCAAAGUGAAAGCACACGUUGAGGACCUUUUUGACUUAAUUAGCCAGUGGUGCAGGACAGCAAAGCUAUAGAUAUAAAAAAACACGUGACAAUUGUUCAAUAUGCAUUCAGAAACAAAAUCCAAUACAUUCUGUAAAGAGAACAAUCUUUGAUUUUAUGCAGGUUUAAACAUUAAAAAAAUAAAAAUCAUUGCAGCUUUCAUAUGCUGCAUGGACAGGUGAAGGUGUUUGCUUUCGCACAUCUAAGAAAGCGUACAUUUUUAAAUCCCAAACAGGUCAGCAGAUGUGUUCUACUGCCUCGUCAACAGACAGCAGCUCUAGUGAAAAGCUGAAGGAACGCCUCCUCACCACACAGAGCGAACUGGCAAGUUCCAAACAGGAACAUGAAGAAUUUAAAGAGCUAACAAAGUAAGAUGAAUCUGUGUCCUAACAUUCUUCCACGAAAUACCCUUCCCUGAAAAUAUAAGCAGCUGUUUAUCAAGGGCAAAAUUCUGGUUCCAACCAGAAUUUCUAAAACCAUAUUUCUAAAAGUAUGGUUUCCUCAAGACAGAAGUUAAAAGCAUCAACAAGCCUUGUAUCUAACAAAUGCGUGGGAGGAGUUUUUUUGGGAUGUUUCCAAUCUAAGCAGAAGACACCAUCAUGAAUCUUGCUGUGUUUUUCUUUUUUGAGAUUUUUUUUUCUUAAUGAGAGUCAUUUUAAUAAGAUAACCAUGUUUGAUUUUAUGAUGCAUUUGUUUCUUUAACAGGAAAAAACAGAUAGAGCUUGAGUCGGAACUUCUGUCUCUGCAGAAGGCAAACCAGCAUCUUGAGAAAAUUUUAGAGGCAACUAAGGCGUGUAAACGCCAGGAAGUCUCCCAUCUUAAUAAAAUACACAGAGAAACUUUAAAGGUAUGAGGCUAUGAUAAGGAAAGCUAAUUUAGCUGUUUAAAAUAUAAGGAAUGUUAAUGAGCUUUGUGCAAAAAGAAAAUUCUCAUUUAGGGAGUGCAUGCAUUAAAAUCCAUGUUUUAUAAUAGGGAUGCACUGUUUCAUAGAUGAAUGCUGUUUGAGAAAAAUAAGGAAAGGAACCUGGAAUUCAGACUUCUGAAUGCUACAAAAGAGCUAAGGAGAGAUUCAAGCAAACUGAAAGUGAUUGCACUUAAUAAUAAAAUAAUAAUAAUAAAUUUUUAUUUAUAUCUCACCCUCCCCAGCUGAAGCUGGGCUCAAAUUUAUUUACAUACAAUUUGGGGUGAUUUCCCCCUCCCUCAGCAACCCCAUAUGCUCUGUUCAGGAGGGCUUCCUAACCCACCAGAGAGGCAGGGGGCAGGAAUAAGUGGCUGCAAGAGGAGGGAGGGCAGGAACAUUUUCAUCUCAUGAAGUUCCUUAAGUUUACUUACCAUAUGACGCAAAUCCUCUAAAUUUACUUCCAUGUUAUUCCUGUAUUUCUACCUAUGUAUAUGGUGUGUGUGUUUUAAAAAAAUAUCAUUUCUAUUACAGAAUAUCGCUACCCCAACAAAGGCUUAUCAGCUAAGAUCUCGACUGGUGGCACGAUUUACCCCUGAAACCUUGAGCCCGGAGUCUGUUGAUAUUCAAAGCUCAGGCGAUAACGAUUAUAUUUUUAAUGAGCCCAUGCCUCCUGAGAUGAAUGAACAAGCCUAUGAGGCUGUUGCAGAAGAGCUGAGAGUGGCACAGGUGAAGUUUCAGGAUGCAAAAUGCAGAUUUCUAAAAAUGUUUCAUCAAGAUGCUGUGAGCUAGGAGGUAUGAAUGGGCAGAGUUAAGUCAACAGUCUCAGGCAGAUCUACAAACCUGUGGUGAGAUUGCACUUGGAAUACCGCGUAUAGUUCUACUCGCUUCCGCUCAAAAAGAACUGGAAAAGGUUCAGAAAAAGGCAAUCAAAAUGAUUGAGGGCUUGAAGCGACUCCUGUGAGGAAAGUUUACAAUAUUUUGGUAUUUUUGGUUUAGAACAAAGGUGUGUAAGGGAGGGACAUGAUAGAGGUGCAUAAGAUUUGGCAUGGUGUAGAUAGGAAACCGUUUUCCUCCCUCGUAAUAGUAAAACCCAGGGCCAUCUAAUAAAACAAUGUUGGAAGAUUCAGGAGAAAAGAAGAAAAUGCUUCUCCGCACCAGACAUAGUUAAACUAUAGAAUUUGCUCCUGCAAGAGGUGGCGAUGUCCACCAACUUGGAUAACUUCAUUUUAUUUAUUAAAUUGCUACUCUUCCUCUCAAAGAAGCUCGGAGUAGCAAACACGAACAUAGUAAAACAAUACCAUUAAAAAUACAUUUUAAAAUAUUUUAAGCAUCUAAGCUAAUAAUUUCAAGGUAUCCAGGAGCCUUUGAGCCAUCUAAUGCCUGGGUAAACAGUAAUUUUUUUUAAAUUUCUUCCUGAAAAUUAAUAAUAAAGGAGACAAUGGCUGGCCACUGAGAGCGGGUUGCUGGACUAGAUAGACCUUUGGUCUGAUCCAGCAGGGACUACUUAUGCUCAGAUUUUACUUGAGUGCUUUUAGAAAAUGCGUGCAAAGGCUGUUCAAAUGAGAGAGCUAUCUGACGCUGUUCAUCUUUCUAUGGAAACUUUUCUCUUUAGCCGUUUAGCUGUAUUUGGAUUCUGGCUGCAUUUACAAUACAGUAAGGCUAGGGCUUUAGAACUCUUCCUGUAGAUUUACAAUGUAUUUACAUACCCCAUAAUUUUGUGCAGGAAUAUAUAAAUGCAUUAGAAGAAAAUACUUAGUAGCGGCAAAGCAGUUGCUAGUACGAUUAUAAAUUUGCUUAGUUUUCCCUAUAUGUCCUGUUGCAGGAAGAAUUAAGCACUCUUCAGAUCAAACUAGAUGCCGAAGAAAGUAAAACUGUAAAACUCCAGCAGCAUAUUAAUAAAUUGGAGCACCAUUCUUCACAAGUGCAAGAGGUAAAAGAACUAGUGCGAGGACUCUUGUAGGAGGAAGUAGAAAGCUUAGCUUAAUUAUUGUUACUAUCUGACGUAAUACUUCAUUAUUUACUUAAACUGCAUGCAAAGAUUUUUCUUGAAGUGUCCAUGGCUGCUUGUACCAUUUUAAGACUUAACAGGAUCCAAGACUUAACCAAUCAGAACAACAGGGCCGGGCAAUGUUCCUUUGUAACUUGUACAUCCUAUGCAUUCAUGUACAUAUGCAUUCUCAUACUCAAACACUCAUUAUUUGACUUCUUCUUUUUCCAACUGAAGCUCUUUGCCUCGGAAAGAAGCAAUUGGCAGACUGAAAAGCAAGGGCUUCUUGAAAAGCUAGACUAUCUUGAGAAACAAUACCAAGACACUCAGAGGAAGGCGGACAGUAAGUUUGGGUAACAAUAGAAUUCUGUGUGAUUUUUUUACCAAAGAUGUAUUUUUUUUCUAGUGCAGCACAAAACAGUCCCAAUUUGUGCACUGUUUUCACUACUUCCGUGUGACCAAAAUGUAUGGCUGAAAAUUGCCUUUUGCUGAGAAUGGGGUAGAUGGGUCCACUACCUCCAUCUUUUCAAAAUUAAUUCAAUUUUUCUGUAGAUCUAUAGGUCACUGUUCUUUGUAGGUAACCCCAUAGCGGAUCAUUUAGUUGUCUUUAGUCUGAAAAUUGCAAUGGAAUGGGAGUCAGUGGGCACAGCCAAUAGAAUUGGGUGGAGGGAGGAAAAUAUGUUCCCCUAAAUGGUAGAGAGAUAGAUGUUGCCUCCAUGUAUGUGUAUGCAUUUGUUGGAAGCUGCCAUGCUGCUUUCUGGGUAGAAAGACAGAAAAGAAUUUAAAUUAAUGAGAGUUAUUGGGCUUCACUCAGAAUUAUUAGUGCAUUUGCUAAAGCUCUGAAAUCUGCUAUACACAGAGUCUGAGGCACUCCAUUAAUCAGAAAAAUCUGAAAAGAGGACGUAGGCACUUCUUUCUCUCAAAGCGUGACAUUUUCCCUAGAAUAUCAGAUAGAAUAGAAACAACCACAUAUGGAAUGGAAUAUUGGGUUCUUGAAGAUUGGUUGCUUCUCUAAACACUGCUAAUAGUGGAGGAACGAAUCUCUGCUUGCAUAAUGAAUGUGACUCAGCUAGUAUGAUAAAACAAUUUUUAUGGCAGUAAAUGCUUUCUGAAGUAUAUGCUAAAAAGUACAGCUUAAUCCCAAGUCAAUACAACUGGACAUGAAAAAGGGUUUGGCAUCAUUCCUUGAAUUCUUUACUUACUGAAGUGCUUUUGUGAUCUUCGUAGGGUUUUGCCUUUCAUAGCUGCCCCAAAUUUAUAAUUUGACUUUACUACUUACUGAGUAUUCUUCUUCUGAAAGAUGGCAAGAAUGGCUUUAGUUGGAACUUUCGCAUAUUUCUUUAGCUUUCAGGGAAGACUGGAAUAUUUGGUAUUACAUCAAGUGAAUAUUGGUAUCUAAUAAUGGAAUUUUUUACAAGUGCAUUUUACAAGGAUUUUGUUUGUUUUUUCCAAACAGUGUUAAACACUGAGGUUCGUGACUUACGAAUAGUCCUGCAGUCUGCAGACAAGGAUCUGUCUGCUGUAAAAAUGGAAUAUGACCAUUUCAGAAGAACUCAAGAAAAAGAAAUGGGUGAACUCUCUAGCAGACAUAUGAAUGUACAACUGCAACUUGAUAACGUAAGGUAUGCCAUUAUUUUAACAAAAGCUUCUUAAAUACAUGAGAAUAAGGGCUAUUUCAAACUUGAUAUAUUUUCAUAUGAAUAGCACCUCUGAAUAAGAGAAAAUGUGCACAAAUGUCUCUGUGUCAGCUGCCACGUGUGGUGACUGCUGAAACAUUUACGUAUGCCAUGAUAUUCACAUGAAUUGCUGUCUCCUGCACUGAAGUACCAGCUGCGUAAUAUUUUCAAGAGGAAGAUUUGGUUAUGUGCUAUUCCCUUUACCGUCACCUGGUUUGUGGGGGGGAUUAAAACACUAACUUCAAGUUCCACAGGCUCAAAUUAGAAGAAGAUUGCUAAAAUAAAAUGAACCUUAGGGUGUGUCUACACAGUAAUUUAUUUCAACAAUUGGGCUUAUAUUCACAAGAAACUAUUCGAUUAUCAGAAAAUAAGCUAAGAUGACAGUCUACAUCUGAUUUUUCAAGUUGUGUUCUAGGACACCUAGGGGUCCUUUGGCAACUUGUCAGGGACUUGUCAGUGAGAAGAUCUGUAGUGGCAGAGAAAUCUUCUCUUACACUGCACAGCUACAGGAGAGUGCUGGCUGUGCUUUAGGGCAUGUCCUCAAUUCACAUGAGGCAAUUGUGAGGGUCCUGCCUUGUUUGACAGGGUACCUCCCACAAAAUGGCCCAGAAUCUGGAAAUCAGUAUGUGUUGAGGUAGAAAGAGUUCCUGGAAGGACAUUGAAAACCACUGAUUUUAGACUGCAUCAUAUAGAAAGGCCUCCUUUUGGUCUAUAAUGGUACCUCGGUUUUCGGACAUCUGUUGCUUAACGUUUCCAUUUUUGAAUGCCAAAAAUCCAGAAAUAAAUGCUACCAUUUUCGAAGGCCCUUCGGAAGUUGAACGGCUUCCGCUGUGUGUAUCUAUUUUUCACAAUUUUCUCUACUGAAUUGGCAGACUGCCCUUUGCGCCUCGGUUUUCAAACCUUUUAGAAGUCAAAUGGUCUUCCGGAAUGGAUUAUGUUCGAAAACUGAGGUACCACGGUAUUGUGUAAAAAACGGAUACCAACAGCCAGUUUAGUCUUGUUAAUUAGCUGCAUUCUGGAAGUGGUGUUAGUCUUUUUCUGGCCUAUAUCGAAAGGAUUUCUAGUACUUGAAAGAUAUAAAAUAUAUCUGUAUGAUGUGACUUCACCAGUGUGCCUAGGUCUACUUGCUUUGGCCUCUUGCUCUGUAUUUCUCUCUCCUCCAGCCGUCUUUUGGCUCCACACUAAUCCUUGAGGUGAUGUACUAACUUUGUUUUGAAACUUGAAACAUGCAAGACAAAACCAGACGCAUUAUGAGUAAUGUAAUAUUCUUUCACUGAAGGCUCGAAUACGAAAACAUUCUUGAAAGAAAGACAAGCCUGCAAGAUGACUAUGACAACCUGCAGGAAAUACUGAAAUUUGAGACUGACCAGCUAACGCAGCAGCUCACUGAUAGCAAGCAAGAAACUGAAGCACUGAAAACUGAGCUUUGGGUAAGUAAUGAAUACGAAAAAGAUUUCACCUUUAACUGUACAUUGUAUAGAUCAGCAUAAUUAAAAGAUUCGUGGCAGUGAGAAAGGAGCAAACUAUCAAUUUGCCCCAAUCCCUCCACCUACUGCAAGAUCGGAUUGGACACAUAUAAGUGUAAACAUUUAUGCAACAUGCAUUACACAGGUGAAGACGAGGAGGGGGAGCCAUUGCAUUUCCAGGCUUCUACUUGUCUAUCGGGACGCAGGUGGUGCUGUGGGUUAAAUCACAGAGCCUAGGGCUUGCCGAUCAGAAGGUCGGCGGUUCAAAUCCCCGCGACGGGGUGAGCUCCCGUUGCUCGGUCCCUGCUCCUGCCAACCUAGCAGUUCAAAAGCACGUCAAAGUGCAAGUAGAUAAAUAGGUAUCGCACCGGCGGGAAGGUAAAUGGCGUUUCCGUGCGCUGCUCUGGUUCGCCAGAAGCGGCUUAGUCAUGCUGGCCCAUUGACCCGAAAGCUGUACACCGGCUCCCUUGGCUAAUAAAGCGAGAUGAGCGCUGCAACCCCAGAGUCAUCCGCGACUGGACCUAAUGGUCAGGGGUCCCUUUACCCUUUACCUUUACUUGUUUAUCUGCUUCUAAGGAAUACCCUCUUAUGUUAAAACAGCUACUACUGUCACAGGCAGUUAAUUCUUUGGUGGAACUGAAGAUGAGCCUAAGUAUUUCUGCAAAAACUCACUAAUUCUAAAAGCUUGGCCUUCAAAACAAAUUCCCUUCACUGACUUCCUGUCUAAAGCUUUUGGAAGCUCUGUGUUCAUCCUGUGUUAGAUCAGACACAGGUGCAGGGUCUGUAUCUCAGCAGCGAUUUGGAUCCUUAUGAAAUGCUCAGGGUUUUUAUCAACAAAUAAACCCCGUAACUGGCCAUGCAAUUACUGGCAAAAUGAGGGAGCACACGCCAGGACUGGAUCACUUUAGCAGCCUUGCGCUGCUGUCUCAUUAAUGAGGCUUUCCUAAGGUUAAUAAUACUAUAUAUUUACUGAAGUACUUAGGAACGUUAAAGAAAGAACUGAAAAUACUGCAACCAUUCACCAAAUGUUUGUACAUCUAUUAUCUUUUAGAAUGCAUUGGGCCUGUUGGAAAGUGAAAAGGAACAUAAUCAAAAAUUAACAAUGCAAUUACAAGAAGAUAAAGAGCAUAAUUCCAAGUAAGUCUUAACUAUAUGAAAUCACGGAGUUCAAUUUUGGGUUGGUGGUUGCAUCAUUUUAACAUUUUUGAGUAGUAUCUGUGCAUUGAAAUAUAUAAAUCCAUUUUUGGUGGAGGAAGUAAUUGAAAUAUGCCCUGUACGUUAGAUGUUCUACAUCUACCAAUUCCGAAAUGCCCACUAUUUUAGUCGUAUCCCAACCUUCCCAAGAUGGGGUACAGUAGCGGACACCCUAUUGUGGGUUAGUUCUUUUAAGAUGCUGGACAGCAAAAUGAGACAGUGUUUCAAAAGCAGCAGAGUGGGCCCACCUGCUUAACGCAGCGGUUCAGUUCUGGGGGUCUACGCGCAAAGACAAAAUCACACAACGUCAGGAACCCCCAGAACCAACCCCCUACAAGGUAAAGCGCUGCUUAUUGGGCUCUGGGGAGAUCAUGGCAGAGAGCUCUAAAAGCUCUUUCCGCAGCUUAGGUGAUGGGAAAUAAAUAAAUGGAGAGCAAGGAACUGGGUUUGCCCCACUCUCUAUUUAUUUCUUUACCCCUCACCUGCAUACAGUUGCGAUCGUUUAAGUAAAGUGAGCGUAAGUUGCAGGUCUGCUGUAAUUUUUUUAAUACCUUCAGAUGAAGCAGGACAGAGCAGCAUUAAAACCCUUCUAAAUCGAGAAACAGUAUCACAUGUGCAUAUCAAUCUGACCUGCUGGUCAGCUGAAUGCGUUUCUCCGCUUUGCACAGCACAUCUCCUGAAUUUGAAUGGGUUCCUUCCACAGAACUGAGACCUGUGAUAUAAUUCUAAUGGUAGGUUUUCUUUGGGGAAUAGACAGCAUUUAGGAUGUGCAGAGAAGUCUGUUUGACUUCCAAAACUUUCAAAAAACAAAACACGGCUUCUGCAGCCAAUCGGAAGCUACUGAAGCCCUGCCAGAUGUUCGGUUUCCAAAAAUAGUUUGCAAACCGGAACACACACUCCUGGGUUUGCAGCGUUCGGGAGCCAAAACAUUCGAGAACUAAGCUGUUCAAAAACCAAGGUAUGACUGUACUCUGGUUAUAAUUGGUGACAUUGAACUGCCUGAUAUUUAUUAGUGAAUUAUAAAAAUGAUAGAAGUGAAAGGUUUGAUUGUUUAAAAAGCUAACUACUUGAUCAAAUUUCAAUGUACGUAUUAUUAAACAUUGUCUAUAAGUGCUGUCUUGAGAUAUUAAAGGAGUUUACGUUUUGAAAAGCAAUUAAAGCUACUGUAUAUAGUUAGAAGGAACAGGUUAUCUUUAUUUAUUUUUAGUUCCCUAACAAUGAACCUGAAUCAAAAUGGUUGAAAAUUAAACCAACCAAAGUUUUGUUUGUUUGCACUUGCUAUUAAACAUUGCACCUAUGCUAGAAGUAUAAAUAUAAUUGCUCUCAUUAUUAAAUAGCAUUUCUUUGUGGAAGAUUUGCCACAAGAAGUGGUAAGUGAUAGCUAACAGCAAUUCCAGCAAGUUUGGGGAAGAGCUUUCUUCUGACAACAGUUGUAGUGCCAUUUUCAUACUGUAGAGCAUAACUAAAUUAAAAUUAGCACAAGACAAACUUGCAAAGUUUACUUGGGUUAGUGCCUUUUCUUCUGUCCCUUAUAAGUGAUUGUAUUUUUUCUCUGCUAGGGAACACCUGAAAAUUAGUGAAAUCGUGGAGCUAGAGAAGCAAUAUUCCGAAAUGGUGUCAAGAUGUGAGCAGCAGGUACAGCAGUGUGUGCUUACAAAUGGAGCAUUUUAAAAUUAGAUUUUCGGUAAAUGUAGUUGACUGCUAUAUUUGCAAAUCCAAGGAGAGUUAAUUUGAAGCCAUUUUUUUUUCCUCUAGGAAGUAAAGUUGCAGAAUUUGGAGCAAAAUCUAACUGCUUCUGAAGAAGUUAUUGUUUCUCUGCAGAAAACAAAUGCUGCUGAUAAGGUAUGGAUACAACUUGUGCACAAAAUAUCCUAAGUGUGUGUGUGAGCAAGAGAAAGAGUUGAUAUUGUUGCUUGGGUAAUAAACUAUCUGUUCUUCAGGAAAGAAAAGGUUUCCCUGCUGUAGCAGGCAUUCUGUAUACAGUAAAUCAAAGUUUUGCGAUCCCAGUUAAAAAAACUUUCAUUUACUUAAUUUAUUUAGAUGUGUGGAACCUAAUGAGAGAGAAAAGGGUUUUCUCACAAACUUGACACUUUUUAAAGGUAAAGUUUUAGUUAAAGUGUUGAUACAUUUGUGGGUGUAUGAGAGAGAGUCAUUUACAAACACCAUCCUGAUGCUCAUAGAAUCAUAGAGUUGGAAUAGACCACAAGGGCCAUCAAGUCCAACCCCCUGCCAAGCAGGAAACACCAUCAGAGCACUCCUGACAUAUGGUUGUCAAUGCUGGCCCAAGGAGAUUAAAAUAAUAAUACUAAUAAUAAUAAUAAUAAUAAUAAUAUAUUACUUAUACCCCGCCCAUCUGGCUGGGUCUCCCUAGCCACUCUGGGCGGCUUUCAACAGAAUAUUAAAAACACAAUAAUACCUUGUGACAUAGUUGCUGUAUGGAAUUAUAUGCCUUAACAAAUCAAGGUCAAUACAACGUUGUUCUUUUUGUUGUAGGAAGUUGUGUCAGACCUGAUGAACCAGAUCCAGGACAUGAGGAGAUCCAUUAGCCGGAAGACAGAGUGCAUAGAAGGGCUUACAAGUGAGCUGGAGGACAUAAAAGUAUGUUCCAUUCUUUCCCAUAGGGAACCCAGAGCGAUGUGUCAAAGUGGAGUAACAGAUCAACAGCAGGUUGUGCUGAGUGCUUCUGGUUUCUUUGGCUGGGCUGAUGACUGAACUUCGUGUAUCAUCUCCAUAGACCAGAAAAACAGCUUUGAAAUGUACAUGCUGGAGCAGUAACCUAGAUGUUCCAAAAGUCAGAAAAAGAAGUCUAGUGACAGAGCAUGGAGAAACUGUUAACAGUUAAUAGGAGAUUCUAGCUUAUGGUCUUUAACUGAGUAUAUAACUAAUAUUGUUAGAUGGUCAUCAUCUUGGGUGAAUUAUUUUGUGGUAUUUUUUGAGUCACUCGGUUUUUUUAUUCCCCCUUAGUCUUCUAAUUAUGAAGAAUUGUGGGUUUUUUCCAGUUUUCAAAUUUUAUUUAUACUUUUCGUUUAUACCUUUCACUAAUUUUACAAUCAUUUUAACAUUUCAAAACUUUACUUCCUUCCCCCUUUCUGCGGUUCCUUAAAUUUAUUUUUAAUAUCCUUUGCAUAUCCAAAUUAACUCAAUUUGCUCAUUUAUUCACCUGCUUUAUACUAAUUAUGAAGAAUUGGAGGACUUUGUGAUAUGUAUCAGAAUGGAUGUAGUCAGCAAUUAUCUUUACUGACCUGUAGAAAUAAAUAUAGAUCUAAUAUACGUUGUUUUCCUGACAUAUCUACAUUCCUGCUUUCUUAGUCUAAAUAUAAUUCUGCUAUGGCUGCAAAAGAGGAAAGCAGAGCAGUUAUAGAAGAUCAGGAGAAGCAAAUUGAGGAGUUGAGAGAGGCCUUGGAAAGAGCACAAGCUGCUGACAGAAUUGAGGUACAGUCUUUGUUUAUGGUGCUAUUUCAUAUUGUAUCCCUGUUUAAAGCUGCCUAUAGCGUGUAUGAUAUAUUUGUACAAUCGUUCAGCAAGAAUAGGGAAUGAACAUACUAUUUCCUGAUGUGAGUGCUGUUGAUCGAAUCUCAACCGCCACCCUUUAAACCAGGGGUUAUUAACCUGGUUCCUACCGCCCACUUGUGGGUGUUUCAGGAUUCUAGGUGAGCAAUCACAGGUUCUACGGCACAAGCUGAACCCAACUUCCAUCAAGCACUGGUGGGCGGUAAGGAAAUUUUACCAGGAAGAAAGAUGCAUUAGUGGGCGGUAGGUAUAUAAAAAAAGUUGACUACCCCUGCUUUAAACAAUCAAAAUUUGAAUCCUUGCCGUGUGGAAUAAUGGUUUCAUCAGUGGUGGUGGUUGGAAACCAGUGAAGAGACAUUUAGGUUGCAUUCCACUGGGACGCGGGUGGGGCUGUUAAACCACAGAGCCUAGCACUGCAGUGGAUCCUUGGAUUAAUUGCCCCUCCCUUAUGAACACAAAUCACACACCCUUAUCUCACCAUGUGGACAGAUAACCCCUUCCCUUUUCCCCCUGCCUAGCUUUCUGUGCAGAUUCUGGGUAACUCUGUCGCCCUCCCACAAGGAGUAGCUUUUUAAAAAUAAAUGUAUCUGUUUGUACAUCCUUUUCUUCUUUCCUAAACUGACUCAGAAGUAUCAAUGCUCUCACCACCACAUAAAUCUAGUUUAGAUUCAUAACUCCAUAGUAGGUUACGGAUUUCAUUUUGCACACUUUUUCUGGAUUCUGCCUCAAUUUAAAGUAUAUUUGAGUUGUGUGGUUAAAAAUAGUCCCGGGAUGGGGAAGAAGUAAGAUAGUGAUGUACUGCACUCAUCUACUUUAGAAUAAGAUCACUUUUCCUAGAUAUGCAAUACAAUAUACAGUCGUACCUUGGUUCCUGAACAGCUUAGUUGCCAAACAAAUCGACUCCCAAACACUGCAAACCCGGAAGUAAGUGUUCCAGUUUGCGAGCGUUUUUCGAAACCCAAACAUCCGACGCGGCUUCCGCUUGAGUGCAGGAAGCUCCUACAGCCAAUCAGAAGUCGCGCCUUGUUUUUCAAACGGUUUCGGGAGUCAACCAGACUCCCAGAACGGAUUAUGUUCGAGAACCAAGGUACCACUUAUCAUCCUAGUUUUGUGUUUAUAAUUCUGGAUAACGGACUGCAGUUAUGGAAACUAUUGCAUUUAUUUUUAAAGGGCAGCUGAGGAAAAAUAGAGGGGCAGUGAAUGCUAUGUAUAUUACCAUGUUAAUUAUACCAUUGGCCAUAUAAUCACUAGGCUAUUUGUUGCUGCUGCUGUUCUUUGCUUUACGUAGAAAGAGAUUAUUUGUGAAGAACUACAACAUACUACUGAGCAGCUGAGCAGUUUAACAGAAGCUUCUAAAAAACAUGCGGCGCUUCUUCAGUCUGCACAAGAAGACCUAAUUAGGAAAGAAGCAUUGAUCCAAGAACUUCAGGAACAGGUAAAUAUGAACAUUACCACCUCUGAGAAAUAGUGGAAGAGGAAAAAUAAGCUUAUUAACCUGGCCCGACCUAUCCUAGCCCAGACUGGUUGCUUUUGUGUUGUUAUAAGACUGUCUAUGUUUAGACAUAAUGUUCAACUAUGAUUUAGGACUGGGGUCACUAAUGUGGGCACAGUGGCACUUUUGAGGUUUUCUCCUAGUUCCUGCCAAGACUGAGCUCCCACUUCAGGAUCUCAUGGAUUGCCAUUAUUUUUACAAUUGUGUGGUGUCCUCAAAACAGCCACCAAAUCACAGGCCAACUCUGUUGGUAGUUUUGAAAUGGUGGCUCCCAGCCGAGGGUCUUUUUUCCCCUUCUUUUUUUUAAGCUCAUGGCAAGCACCAGAUUAUAUUUUCUGUGCCAGUCCACCAGGGGUGGGUGGGAUUGCCAAAGUCAUUUCCCCCAGAACCCUACCUAUGGUGCUUCUUGCAACAUGAGGUCCAGUAACUGCAGUAGCAACUUUGCAAUGUGGGGUUUCUCCUCUCACACACCCCCUUUAAUUUCUUCUGCCAUUGCAACCAUAGCCCAUCAUUGCAGCUUGCACCGGCUAUGGCUAGAAACCCUUUUGGUAUUGGUUCCUUACUAGUGUAAGUAGGCUAUGAGUAUACAUCAGUUCAAAUGUCACAACAGACUCUUAAGGAUACAAAGGAAACCCAUUAGCAGCUGGAGAUGUGUUAUCCAGAUUGAAAUGUUUUCAGGCUACCUCAGUAUAAAAGUCUAACCUGUGUUCCCAGAGACCCUUGCAGAUGUGUAUCGUUUUAUAAUACAUGGUAGACUUAGGAACUAGCAGGAUGAAACAUUUAGAAGUAUUCCAGAUUCUCAGGAGAAAUAUCUAGAACCAUGUUUGCUGCCUACGUUAGUCAAGAUAGGCAACGAUUUGUGACCUUUGAAUACCGGUAUUUUGAUCUGUUGCCGUUUUCUACAGCUGGAUAAAAGGACAGGAGAAUUGGAAAACAGGAGAAGUGAAUAUGAAGCUAAAGUGCGCCAAAUAGACCAGUUUAUGGACUCUGCAGUCACAACCCUUCCACAGGUAUGAUUGUUCUUAGGAAAUCAUUUUUUAUUAUUAUUACCUGCAGUUACUUCCGUGAAAUGUAUACCUGCAAGUUUGUCAAAAGAGAGGUCCUGAUCUAUAACUAGGCAAAGAGCUGUGCUAGAGGUAAAAGGCUGUUCAUUAUUGCCCCUGUUGUGAAUGCCCUUUUUCAUUGCCAAUCAAAUAAAAUGGUAAUUUGAGCCUUUGGACUAAGUGGCUGCAAAAAAUGGCGAGAAUUUGUGUUUUUUUGACUGAGCAAUGCCUGUAUAAAGGUUUCAUAAAUUUGUCCCGUAAGCAACUUGUGGUAUAUUCUAAAAGAGUUUCAUGUUUAACUGUUCAAAUGGUUUUGUGUUUCCUUGACAGAGCCCUCGAACUCCUCCCAACAGUCUGGCAAGAUUGUUUGAAACACAUGAGCAAGAGAUAGCAGAUAGGACAGCCUCUGCAAUUACCCUGGAAUGUCUUGUAUCCGAAUUAAAUGAAGAAAGAGAUGCUAAAAAUAGUGAAAUUCUAAGACUAAAGGUAAAUGCUCCAAGCACUUUGUACAUUGAAUCUGAUCAUUUGUGAACUAUUGUAGUGUACAUGCUUAAAGUGCUACCAUUUUGAAAAUAUUAAUAAUCUUGAUGGAGCGUAUUUUUAAAAGGAGCGGAGAGCAAACAUGCCAUUGGGCCAACAGAGAUUGGAGAGAGUUUAGUGACUUUUUUUUGUUGAUGUGAAGCAUGCAAAUUUGGUACAGACUUCAAGAAUACCUGGAACUGUUAUGAAACGCUUAUUUCAAAUCAACGGAAUCAUAUUGUCCUCUUGUUUAGGCUCAGUUAUGUGAACUGGAAAACCUCCGUCUGGAAAUGCAGGAAUUAAUGGAAAGCAACAGAAAUCUGCAGAGCCAGCUUGAAGAAGUGAAGAGAGGAAGAAAGAUCAGGUACAAAUCAGUGCCAAAUAAUAGGAUGGCUUGUGUACAAUUCUUCAGUAACAACUAAAGGGAACAUUUUUUCUUUUGUUUUGCAGAAUUUGAACCAAUAGUUUGAAAUGCUACUAGACUUUGCACAUUAUUACAAUUGACUUUUAAAACUUUAUUGUUGUCCUUUCCAAGGAUAUUUGCCUUCCAACAUACCUAUUUUUCUCUUGUUCAGGGAACAAGUCUUUCUGCAGCACAAAUGAGAGGACAGGCAACUAUCAGUCUGGUAGAGCUAGCUCAGAAACCAGAACAUGUUUCAUAAUACGCAGCAGCUCAGCAUCCAUAAUUAUAGGAAUGUAGCCUAGGUAUCCGAGUGCCCUUCUAAGAUGCCCUGGAGGGAACAAAAGAGAAAAGAUGAGAGCUUUUCCAGAAUUUGAGCUUUUCUUCAGAAAAUAAAACACAGGCAAUUUGCAGGUUAACCAUUGAAGACUGUCCCAGAAAAAGAAGGACUGGUGGGGACAAUAAUGAGGAAGAGAAGGAGGCGUCAGUGUUUGCAGGGCAGGGGGUGAGAUUGAACUGGUGGAAGCUGGAAAGUUGACCCCUUUCCUUAUGCCCUGUCAAAACCCCAGAAGUGUGUGGACCAUAGUGUUAGGGCAAAAGGGAAAAGACUAUUCUCAACCACAGCUAGAACCUACUGGGUGCAGGAGUACAGAACAAGCCACCUAGAGCUAGGAGUUCAGAGUCAGUCAAGUUGCAGUAAGACAUUUUCAGGAAUCACCUAGAGUUUAAGGCUUAAAGGUGUGAGUUUGAGCACCAAGCUCAAGAACCAGCCAGACUGAACUUUUCCCAGCAAGGCCACUCCUGAAUCUCAGAGUCUUGUUUGAAUCUCACACCAAGUUUCAAGGUCUAAGACCAGUUACAGCCUUUGAAAACAAUACUAAAGAGUGGAUUGGGUCCUGGAAUUUCCUGGGGAACAAUGGGGGUAUGAUUAUCUUUGUCUUUUUCCCCUGAACUUACAGAGAAGGAGGUGUGGGUUCUAGGUGGGCUUACUUCUCGUAAGAAGAACACCCAGGGUUCUCCAUAUCCAGCUGAGAAGCAAUACAUGUUGCCUUAAUUAAAUAAGAAAAUUGAGGAGACUAAGCGUAGGUGAUUCCAAGAGGUCCCAAGCCAAUGUAUAGACACUCCUAUACCCAUCUUGAUAUAGAAUGCUGGCAGGAAACUGCAAAAUCAUUUUGUCCUAGCUUGCUAGAUUUUGCCAAUUUACAUAUGCAGACUACCGUACUUUUCACUCCAUUGGACACAGUUUUUCCCCUCCAAAAACUGAGGAGAAAUGUGUGUGCGUCCUAUGGAGCGAAUGCAGGCUUGUGCCAUAGCCGCGCGCAACCCCUCCGGCAGGGAGAGGCUGCACGGGGCUAUGGCUUCUUUAGCCCUGCGCAGCCUCUCCCGGCAGGGAGAGAUUGCGCGGGGCUAAAGAGGAAGCCAAAGCAGCCAGCGGGAUCCAUCCCGCUCGCUGCCUCGGCUUGUGCCAUAGCCGCGCACAACCCCUCCGGCAGGGAGAAGUUGUGCGCAGCCUGUACGCUGCUCUUUGGGGCUGGGGGGGGGGGGAGAUUUUUUUUAUUGAUUUCCCCGUCUAAAAACUAGGUGUGCCCUAUGGUCCAGUGCGCCCUAUGGUGCGAAAAAUACGGUAAAUGAAAACUUGAGCCAAGGUGGUCCUGUAGGGACCCAAAAUGGAGAUGAGCUGUUGCACACUGGCAACACUCCUCUGUUUCCACAGAUGCUUUGGAGUUGCAGUUGAGACAUGAUGUCGUGGGAUCACGACCUGGCCUUUUUACAUUCCUUUGUCUUUGUGGUGUACCAUGCCUAAUCCAUAAACUCAAUAGGUAGCCUUGCCCUGCCACCAUCUGCAAUAUGGGGAACAGUGAUUCUGGAAGAUCUUGUAUUUCACAUGCUCCAAAUACUUUUUUAAAAACCCGAUAUUUAAAUGGUAAUUGAUAAUUACUUGUUAUAAUUGUAUAUACUGUUUUGCAUAUUUUAAGUUGCCGUUGAUUGUAACGUUGCGAUCUGCCCUGGGACCUUGCAAACGGUGGGCAAGAAUUCUUAUUUAUAAAGAAAUAAAACAAAAUAAACUAUUUCUCAUCCUUGGGUUUCUUGACAGCGGCACAAAGUAUCCAGAUAUUAAAGACCUAAGGGAAAGAGAUAAGGAAAUUGCGGAAGGAAAACUAGCAAAGGUACUUGCAUCUUUUGGUUUAAUUAUGGCUGUCUUGUUUUGAAUUUGGUUAUUGCUCAUGUCCUUGACUUGAACUAUUGGUUUAACUUUGACUAUUUUGAUUAUGUUAUUUCAGUCAAGUUUAUUAUACAGAAAAAGUAAAAAAGAAAUUAGUUAAUUCGGAUGGAUUGCUCUGGAUUCAACUCCCUGCUUGCUCCCCCACGACUUUGCGGGUGGGGAGGCGGGGGAGUUGUCCUAACCACAAUCCCUGGUAGAUGCAUAUAUCACAGUCAUACGUUAAAAAAGCAAUGCUGUUACUAUGGAAACUUAUCUUUACAAUGUACUUUCCAUCAACAUCAAGUCUUUUAACAGUUGCAGAGCUAACAGCAAGCACUGAAAUGGAGAUAAAUUGCAUUUUUCUUCAAGAAUAUAACAAGGUUCUAUAGGUGACUAUAGUUACAGAUACAGGCAACCCCCCAUUUACUGUUGGCUAUUUGCAGUUUAGUAGCGCUGCAGAGAGCUUGCUGGGGAGACCAUGCAUUAAAAAGGGACUCAAAAAUAACUUAAACAAGGUUUUAAUUACAAAAACUCCUUAUACACUAAAUACAUCAACAACAAACCAGACCCAACCACCAACCCAUCCCCCAGGGUAAUGGGAGAGCUAGGUGCUGCUCCUUAUAUACUGUACCAGGGGUCUGCAACCUGCAGCUCCAGAGCCACAUGUGGCUCUUUUACACCUUGGCCGCGGCUCCGGGGCGGAUACUAGCGAGGGGAGGAGGCGCAUUGUGCGCCCCGACACUCCCCACUGUGGCGGGCGCUGUACUGGCUGUGACGUCGCAUGGGGGCGGUGCGUGCGUUAGUCACGCACCGUCCCGACGUCACCUUCCCGCCUGCUGUCAGAUCGGACAUUAAGGUAAGAAACAAUAUAUGCAGUGUUAUAUUUGUUUUAAAUGUCGCAAUGGUUUUGCGGCUCCCAGUUUUUUUUUUCCUUCGGAAACGGGUCCAAGUGGCUCUUUUUGUCUUAAAGGUUGCAGACCCCUGUACUAUACCCAAUUUCUGACACAGCUUGAUUAACACAACUUUCACAGCUGUAAGACUGGGUCUCGUUAUCUGCCUUGGCCCUUAAAGACAUACACAACUUGUGAAGCAAUAAUGAACCUUCACAUUUUUAAGUGACCAUUCAACAUUUACAUGGGAGUUACGUUCCAAGACGCAGUGUUUUUAAGUGAAAUCACAUACAGUGGUACCUCAGGUUAAGUACUUAAUUCGUUCCGGGGGUCUGUUCUUAACUUGAAACUGUUCUUAACCUGAAGCACCACUUUAGGUAAUGGGGCCUCCUGCUGCCGUUGCCCCACCAGAGCACGAUUUCUGUUCUCAUCCUGAAGCAAAGUUCAUAACCCAAGGUACUAUUUUUGGGUUAGCAGAGUCUGUAACCUGAAGCGUAUGUAACCUGAGGUACCACUGUACAUUUGAAACACCAUUGGAAAAAGCCUGCGAACGCCAUCUAAACCUCUGGAAACCCUUGAAAAACCCUUUAAAAAACCAGCAGCACUUACCAGAAGCCAAACUCCUCCACAAUUGCUCCCUCUAAACCUCCUUGCUCUCCACAGGCCUCAACGGUUGGUGCAAGGGCUCCUGGGAUUGCAUUUGCAAAGGAUUGUGGGAUUGCUAACCACUGUUCUCGUGCCCCUUUUGCCCUUUCUGGGCUCAUUUAGGGCCAUUUUAAAAGUCACGUGUAUUUUGUGCAUAGACUUGCAUAAAUUGGUCAUUGCCAAUUUCAGAUUACUUGACUGUUGCUGAAUAAUGUAUCAUUGCUGCUAUAACUUCUAAAUACUGCAGUUAAGUACAGUUCUAUUUUAUUUCUUUUCUUUUUUUUCAGAGUAAAGCGCUGGAAGAAACACUGAAAGUUACAUCAGAGUAAGCUGACAAUUUCUGAAUUGAUUAAAAACAUAAACCAUUUGCACAGAUAUUAACCAUUCACUUACACAGCUAAGCUAAGUAUGCAUAGCACAAAAUACUCACUUUUAAGAUUAAGAAAACAAGGGUUCCAAAGUGACUUGGCUUUCUGAAACAUCAAUUUCUUCCUUGCUUUUAGCCAGUAGAUGGCAUCAGAAAACUUGCAUAUUUGCCACAAGACUGUUUUCUAAUUAAGUACUUUUUACAAAUUUAAAUCACACGAAGCUGGUUUGGAACCAAAUAUUAUGUGCAAGUUAAACUGAGUACAGUAGAACCAGAUUACAAGGAAAGAAAUGUGUUUUUAAUUGAUUGAUUUAUAAUGUUUAUAGCCUGCAUUAUAGCCCUCAAAGCAGCUUUCAAAAGGUUCUCACAAUAAAUGAUGGAGGCAAGUCUUUCUGGCAGUUAGCAGACGUUGUUACAAUUCAUACCUUAAUGCUUAUGUUGAAAAUUCCUGGAUUACAACACUAUAAAUGACAGCCUACAUGGCAAAAACAGUAAUCGGUCAGUUGCAAUUAUUAGGGUUUUAUGCAUAAGUAGUCUCAAAUCAGUUUCAUAACUGAUGUGAGAAACUGACAAAAAAUCCAGGAGCUGUUAGCUACUUUCAGAAAUUACUGUAUUUUUUGCACCAUAACACUCACUUUUUUCCUCCUAGAAAGUAAGGGGAAAUGUCUGUGCAUGUUAUGGAGCGAAUGCCUGCGGGUGGCGGGGGGGAUCUGCUGCAGUCGUGAGCAGAGGAUCCAUGGUUCCCCUUCCUUCCCUCCUCCAUGGUUACAAAGCAUGGAUCCACAUGGAUCCUCAGGAUUUUUGCAUUGGGCUACUCCAAACUCACUGUCAGAUCACAUGUCUGUGGCCACAGCAUGAACCACAAAAAUCAUAUAUCCACUAUUUUGUUUAGAAUAUUUUUUUUCUGGUUUUCCUCCUCUAAAAACUACAUGCGUGUUAUGGUCUGGUGCGUGUUAUAGAGCGAAAAAUACGGUAUUUCUGUGAAACAGGAAUUCAUGGCAUCAGUUUUGAGAUUGAGAGGCAGGUAGAAUAACACUGUUGUUAGGAAAAGUAGAAGUGAAAAUAAUAUAACUGUCAAGAAAGAAGUAGUGCAAUAGUAGAUUAUAGCGACAGGGAAUUAUCAUGCCUGCAUUAUUUUCUGUUCGUGCAGUCUUCUCUAUUUGAGGGCCCGAUUCUGAUUUCAAACAUUUUUCUAGGAAAUGGAACAUGCUGUUCUACCCCUUUCCUCUUUCUGGCAUUGUCAACAUCAGCAGCAAAGGAAGCUUCUAAUUAAAACUUAAAUCAAUGUGUGUUGUAAUGGUUUUUAAUCAAUGUUGAAUGAAAGCCAUACAGAGGUACAAAUAAUGUGCUUCUGCAGAUCACCUGCCUAUUGACCUAAGCACCUUGGUGUUCUCCAAAGUUCAAAUAUUGUUAUACUUGCAUUAGUUUAUAAAACCUAUGUGGCUUCUUCUCCCAUUAGAAUAUGGGGGACAUGCAAUCCAAUUCUACACAUGUUUAUUCAGAAAUAAGUCUCCCUGAGCUCAGUGGGACUUGCCUGAAACUAGGAUAGAACAGGAUUGUAAUCUCAGUGAAAGUUGCUACUAAGUAUGCAACUAAGCAUCAUUGUCCGAUUUAGGACACAGCGCAAAACCCUAUCGAAGGUACUGACUUUUCUAAUGCGCCUGGGGUGACCAGUGAAAUAACGACACUGGGUUUUUUGCUGUCCUCAUUUUAAGAAGACAAUCACUCACAGGGAUCAGCGGUGUGUAAAAAAAAACCCCACAUCAUAGCUUUGGCUGGAUUGUGUCCUUAUUCCGCGAUUGGUAAUGAUAAUUCUGCUACACCUUUUGUCAUACGAAUUGAGAUUUUAUCUUGCAUAGCUUGCCAAUCUUUUUCGUUUUCUUAGAACACCUUCGCAUAGCACUGCUCUUGCUUCUUUGAGCAGGAAGAAAAAAUGCUGAAACUAUAACGCCAGUUUGGCCUAAAUAAAUCAUAAGCUGUAUUCCCUCUUGUUUUUUUUUAUUAUUUAUAAUUUGUUUUCCAAAAAUGUUCUGUACAACUUAUGACAGCAAUAAAAUGACUGUAAAAAAGCAGUGCAUUAUUUAUACAUACAUUAAGGGUGCUAACCCAGCAUUAAUCUUGGAGAAGACCCAGUGAAAUUGAGUAUCGUCCAAAGCUCUCACAAGAGGGUUUUGGGUUGUUUUUUUUAAGCAACAUCUUAAACCUGGGGUGGGAAACCUUUUUUUUUUUUCUAUCAGGGCCCCGUGACUCUCUCACACACACACAAAAAUCAGUUAGGGUCCACACACAAACAGCACCUGCAGAAAGCUUUGAAAGUGCUGACAGCUUUUCAGCGGCAUUCCUCCCCACCUGAAGUGAGCUUUGAAGGUACAGAUCAGGUCAGCUGACGUAACACCUGAUCCACACUUUUCAAGGGUAUCUGAGGCUGGGUAAAAUGAAGCAAUGGUCCAAUUUGACCCCCUUGGCCAUUGAUUCUCCAGCCCUGUCGGAAAUGUUCCAGUGAUCACACAGAUCUUUUCCCUAAAGAGCAGAGAAGUGAUUCAGAAUAACUGAGAAUCUGCAUGUUUCCGUGAUAUUACUUUGAAAGAGGAGAAAAUCCACCCUUUUACUUUUAUCUAUUGUGUGAACAAAAGUGUGGUAAAACUCAUCCUUGGUCUGUAAAGCUACAGUGUGAUUAUGAGGGCAGAUGAAGGGAUUAGAAUCAUAGACUUGUAGAGUGGGAAGGGAACCUGAUGAUCAUCUAGUCCAACCCCCCGCAGUGCAGGAAAAUGCAUGGAUUGAACCUGCAACCUUGGCGUUACCACAUUCUAAGCAACUGAGCUAAUAGUGUGUCAGUUCACCAAAUUAUUCUCAAAUAAAAGAGUUGUGCUUUCCUCCCCGCACUCCCAUGACCCAAACGAGGGUGAGAGUCCAUGAUAUGAAGUAUCAUCUAAGGUUUACUUCCAAGUAGCAAAUACUGGAAGAUCAGGCAAUUAAGUUCUAGCUAGUGAUAAAUUUCCACUAUAUUUUAAAAGUGUAAAAUUCCGCAUUUGGAAAAAGAAAAGUUGGAAACUCCUGCUGCAGAAUAAAUAGUGGUGAAUAAACUUCUUAGAGGGGCAGUCAGAUUCACAAUGUCUCUGUGUACAAUCACUUUUGACAGGUUAGAAGAAGCCAGGAGGGAGCUUAGAAGCAAGGAGGCUGCCUUUCAGGGAAUGCUUCAAGAGGUGGAACGAACAAGAGCUUUGGAGUUUAAGGCCUUCACCGAGAAAGAAGAAAUGAGAUCAAAACUGGAGGAAACCUACGAAGAGAGGGCAAAAAUUGAAAAGGUUUGUUUGCUGUGAGUUGGGUUGUGAGUUUGAACAAAAAUAGAGCAAGUCCGUACCACGUGUGAGAGAUUUUCAAGUAGGCUUAAAUGCGGGGGUUGUCUAAGUCCGUGACCCCCAGAAGCGUGGUCAAAUGGUCAGGGGAUGAUGAGAUUUGCAGUCCAGCAAAAUCUGGAGAAGGACCACAAGAUAGCCACCCUUGCUUUAAAGAAAGCAUUAAAGAUAUAGUUCAUGAGUAGGCAAACUAAGGCCUGGGGGCCAGAUCCGGCCCAAUCGCCUUCUAAAUCCAGCCCACGGACGGUCCGGGAAUCAGUAUGUUUUUACAUGAGUAGAAUGUGUGCUUUUAUUUAAAAUGCAUCUCUGGGUUAUUUGUGGGGCAUAGGAAUUCGUUCAUUUUCCCCCCUCCAAAAUAUAGUCCAGCCCCCCACAAGGUCUGAGGGACAGUGGACCAGCCCCCUGCUGAAAAAGUUUGCUGACCCCUGGGUUGAAUUCUUUGCCAUUUAAGCUACAUUCACUCUUGCUCUGGUGCUUCUCUUGAAAUACAGGAGAUGUCCUCGCUAAGGAAGCAGAUUGAGUAUCUUGCAGAAGAGAACGGGAAGUUGGUUGGUCACCAGAAUUUAAAUCAGAAGAUCCAGUACCUUGUGAAGUUGAAGAAAGAUAAUGCUAAACUGAUGGAGGUAAAAUGAGAUGAGAAUCAAUUUAGCUUCUGAUGGGAGCUGGAACAAAUACUUGAUGAAGAAAAUACUUUUGUACACUUAAUAGAUCUAAUUUUCGGCCUUUCCAUUCAACAUUCUCUGGGGUUCCUACUUUGAGAUAGGAGCUCUUCUUUCUAGUUUCUUGAGCCCAGACUCAAGUAGCUUGGUUCACAGAUCCGAGUUUCUAAAUAUGUAAGAAUGCCUGGGUGUCUGCAUUUAACACUUGCAAUUCUCGUUGAGUGUUGUUCUCUCUUUUGCAGACAGUUCAAGUGCUUCGUGUUGAAAACGCUUUUUUGAAAAGAAAGAGUGAAUUUGAUCAAGAUCCAUCCUGAAACAGCACCAAGAGUUUUAAUUCUAUUCACAAAGACAUGCGACUGGGCUUCAUCCUUCCUAGCGAAACGUCUCAAUCAGGGUUGCUGCGAAUUAUGUUACAAAUUCUGAGUAAAGCCUUCUUGCUGCAGGUAGAUCUUCUGCCUCAGUGAAAUUCUCCUUUCUUACCAAGCCAUGGUGCUAAUUCAGUCUCGUGUUGUAGGUGCUGGGAUUAUCACCAUGACUCCUUAUUGAUGUACAGUAUUCGUAUGAAUUUUUAAGUUCCUUACCUUUCCUAGAUGAAUCCCUUUAGCACUUCUUUCAGAAUGUGUAUAUACUGAAUGUGAGGAAAAUUAGAUGAAUUGUUUAAUUGUUAAUUUUUCUACUAGUAGGUUUUUCUUUCUUCAGUAAAACAAAACUAAGUUUAUAUUUGAUACUAUAGGGAGUGUGAACUGCUUUUUUAUUUGUAAUUAAUGGUCAUUUUUAGCCAAACACCCUAUAAUAUAAAAACAUUCCUGUAAACGGUCCAAGACCAAUAUUAAACAUAAUUGCCAGCAUUGCCAUCUAACUAGCAGUGGUUGUGUCAACUGUACCCAGCUCAUCCUGGAAGAUCACAACAAACAUUGUUAAUCAGACGGAAUAAAAUUCAUGGAUGCCUAUUACAGAAGACUGGGAACGUUAGAAUUUAAACCUGGUGCACGGGCACCAGAGGCAAUAAACGAAAAUAUGUUGUGAAAUUAAGUUGGCUCUGCAGAAAUUGAUCUGGAUAAUAACUUGUUUCUUUUUCUUUUCUUUUUGUAUUUAAUUUUUACUAGUUUUCCAAAUUUUAACAAAUAAAUCCAAAUUAAUUAAACAUUUUU